GGGCCUAUUGUUGAUAGUGCCCGACCAUUCUUCGCCUCGCUCGUUGUACGCAUCCAGGCUAGCGGGCGUGAAGAUACACCUUCCCGAUGGCUGAGGAAGCAAUUUUUGAAUUCUUGCACUCGGAAAUAGUAAACUACACCUUAACGAAAGAAAACAGUAAGGAAAAUGAUCUUUCGACGCUGGAGUACAUCGGGUUCACUACCGGGUACAGAAUAAUCGAGCGGUUAACGCGCGAAUGGCCCCGGUUCAAGGAUGAGCUGGAUACGAUGAAGUUUAUCUGUACCGAUUUUUGGAGCUCAAUCUACCGCAAACAGAUCGACAACUUGCGCACCAACCAUCAGGGGGUGUACGUGCUACAGGACAAUGCGUUUCGCUUUCUCACCCGGCUCUCGUCCGGCUCACAGUAUCUGGAGCACGCUCCGAAGUUCGUAGCGUUCACCUGCGGAUUGGUGCGAGGCGGGUUGGCAAACCUGGGCAUCACAAGCACGGUCACGGCCGAAGUGCAGACCAUGCCGUCGUGCAAAUUUCACAUACAGGUUAAUCGGGCAUAGGACGGCACCGGGAAGACAACCAAACAGGAAAGGUAAUUUUCCAUCCUGAAACUCCAAUAUUCCAAAUGAUGAUAAUAAAAUAACCAAGGGAAUGUCACCGCAAGGAA